CUGUGACCCAGGUUCGAAUCCCGCCUGGGCCAAUAUGUGGAUUGGGUUUUCAGUCCCUGCCUGAUUCCGUGGGUUUUCCCCAGAAUAUUCUUCUGGGCUUUUCCUCCCACCUCUAAAACUGUAAUUUCUUCUCAUUGUCUUCUCUCUACAGGUUUCUUCAGGCUUGUGAGCUACAGUGCCUUGGGCGCUUUUGAGGAAUCCUUGGUUUCAUUACCAGAAAUGAUUAAUAAUAAUAAAAAUAAUAAUAAUAACUAUCGCUAUCCCUAUAAUAAUUUUCAGGCGAUAUCUGAUCGGCACCCUCAUUUCAAUAAAUCAUAUUUCUGGUGCCUGAUGCUGACAACUGUUCAGUUGAGCUACUUACAGUGUCUAGUCAAAAUAUUGCGUGGAGGCUUAGAAAGGCAAUUUCGGUCCCAUUAUUUUCAAGCCUUUGGUCAAGAAAGGAAAAUUCUUGAACACUGCUGAGCAUACUGUGAAACAGACAUGGCUUCAAAAUUACAGACAGUGUUUGCCAUCAUACAAUGCCUAGGUGGUGUUGCCUCAGUGAGCGCCUUUUUCAGACCCAGUUGUCCAUCAGGCUGGAUACUCAAUGCUCAGUCCUGCUGGAUGGCCAUACCAGACAAGAAGAUCAUGACUGACGCCCAGGCAGGAUGCAAACGGAUGGACAGCAACUCGGCCGUUCCCAACUCAAAGACCGAGAACGACUUCGUGUUUGGGUUGUUCAAAGAAACCUGGCCGAAUGCAGGCAUAGGUUUGUGGCUGGGUUGUACGGCUGCCCUGCCAAAUAACACACUGACGUGCAUUGAAAGUCUCACUGGUUCUGAGCGGUUCUACACAUUCGUUGCAUCUGAUAGACCUAACAGGCGAUGUCUGAUGAUGGAUAAGGUUGAGGGAAGUAGAUGGUCUUUGGUCAACUGUGGUAUCUCGAGGCGCACCAUCUGUGAGCGUCCUGCUACAAGGCUCACAGCUAAGACCCUCCAGUGCUCUGCUAUCAGCCUCAAUCAUGCAGGCCACACCGGUAGCUACUGCCUACUGGACCACACCUUCUCUGUCACCCAGGUCAAGAGCCCCAUGCAGUGUUGUAUCGCCUGCUUCAAGGACCUCAACUGUCAUUCCUUCAACCUGUCAGGGAACACGUGUCAACUCAACAAUGUCACCAUCUCCCAGGUAGACCAAGGCAAGUACCUCAAGCGAGACGAGAACUGUGGUUAUUUUGAAACGAAGUGGGCCUAAAACCGGGAAAAUGUUGGUUUAAUCAAUGUUGAAAUACUUUACAGUACUUAAUAGAAGUAACCUACAAGACUGAGUACUAGUAAAUUUAGAAAUUGCCAGACUUAUUUGAUUGCAUUUCAAGCCACUUUUUGUAGCACCGAAAAUAGAUAAACGUUUGCAACCAAAUGGUUUUGGAACUUCAAAUGAAAUCUAACAUUUUCACAUAAAGUAGUUGGAAAGGUUCGAAAAUCGGAUGAGGUAUAAAAUUUAAUGGCCAACUGAGAACCUUCCUGGUCAAAAUUCAUUGGCCUUUUGUUUUGGUAUUGGACUUUAAAUUGGUCAGGAGAUGGUCAUCAGAUGGCCAUCAAGCUCCAUCAACUACCUUUCAAGUCACAGUACAUGUAGUUCAUUAAGUACACUGAAAUAAGAUCAUCGUAGUGGUUUAAGGAUGGAUAAACCUUGGGAUAAUUGCAGAAAGCACUUUCUGAAGUAAAUAUCUUUGUACGUGGUUAUAAUGUAAAGGAUUCUAUGGAUUAUUAGGGAUCAAAUGGACUAUGAACUUCUUUACGAAUGAGUUAAAACGACGCUGCCAACAUUACCGGCACACUCUCGCAAAAAGUGG